AUGACUGUCUUCUGUGUGGCGGUCUGCACGGUUGCCCUGAGCAACGGCAGGCCAGUCCCUGCAGUUCUAUUGGCUAACAAGAGCGACCAGCGGCGCCUGGGCCUCUGCUCCAAACUGCCCAAGAUGGAGAGCUUCUCCAAGGAGCAAGGCUUCGUCGGCUGGUACGAAACCUCUGCCAAGGAUAACACCAACAUUGACGCAGCUAUCACAUGCCUGGUGGAGAACAUUCUGUCAGUGGAGGAUGAGCUAGCGUCUCGUGCCACGCCCAAGAGCGACUCGCCGGACUCUGGCAUUGUGGUGCUUCCUUGCUUUGACAACCAAGUGAAGGAGAAGGGCCUCCAUGGCUGCUCAGGGGGCUGCUCAGGCCUCCGACCCAGAGGGAGAGAAAACAUCUGAGGGAGGUUCGGACCCCCGGUGGAGAGAGACUGUGGAUUGGGGUUGUGUGAGGGGUUGUGUUGCAAAUGGGGCGAAAAGCAGGCAAAGGAGAAGGCUUGGGUGAUAGAUUUAUAUUUAGCAUGAAGUCUGUUUGUCCACCAUGUCCCUCUAAAAAACAAGCCUACAUAUACAUACUGUAUAGAUACAUACAGGUAACUACACAUAUUCAUCCCUUCGGCGAGAUCGGACUCCAGCUUCGUCUGCAUUCCAGAAGUUUUGACUUUUCCAACACCUUGCUCAAUGGUGUUUUGACUGUGAUGGCGGAAAGUCACAGUCCCAGUUGAUUUAAUUAAGUCAAGUUAAUUAAUUAAGUUUCCUUUUUUAAUCCCCUUGGGGGAAAUUCAG